CAUGCCAAUGGAGGAAUCGUUCUACAUUAGAAAUCCAGAUGCGUAUAUGACACGGAUAAGCGGAUGGUUUACAGGAAUGGUAUUGUUUUCAUCUUUAUAUUACGUAUCUAGUGGACAUUUUUGCAAAAGACAAAGACAAUACCAGUAUGACACUUGUCUUUCGGGUGGUUACGGGUGUUCAAAUGCAAAAAGUUACAGAGAGAUCAUUUGCUGCGAUAAAUGGAAAGGAUAUACCUGUGACAUUCCAAUCUGUGAUCCUCUCUGUAACGGUGGUGAAACCUGCUAUGGUCCUGAUACAUGUCGCUGUUCAAACAAAACUGAAGGAGGAGUAUGUUCUGGUUAUGCGUGUUUUCCACCUUGUCAACAUGGCGGGGAAUGUUUUGGACCAAAUAAAUGUGCUUGUCGACCAGGUUAUGUAGGUGAUUUCUGUGACGUUAAUCCAUCGGAUGUUAUAUUUGUGGUAGACGAAUCAGGUAGUGUUGGAAAUGAUGAUUUCCGUGUAACCAUGGAGUAUCUUGCCAAUGCUGUUAAUAUACUUCCUGUUAGAUACGACUUACUACGUAUUGGAUUGGCUUUAUUUAGUGACUCUGCUAGAAAAAGCUUUAACCUUGAUGAUCAUUUAUCAAAAGAACAUAUAACAGACGCUAUAUUGAAAACAUAUUUUGGAAGUGGCGGAACAGAUAUUGAUGGUGCUCUUGGCUACACUUGUGAAGAUAUGUUUCAACGCACGACAGGAGAUCGACCUUAUGUCCAAAAUAUUUUGGUUUUGAUAACUGAUGGAUGGUCAUCUGAAGCAAACAAACCUGGACUGUUAAAAUGUAACAGCAAAAACGUAACGAUAAUUGGGAUAGGAAUCGGUUCCAGCAUUGAUGUAAAUCAACUCAAUUCUUUGGUCUCCAAACCUGAAUAUUACUUUGAUACAAUUUACGACGAAUUGGAUACAACUAUGCCAAAACUUCUAAAAACUAUAACAGACUUUUGUCCACCAGGCUGCAAAAAUGGCGGUACUUGUAUUGCUCGAGGACUAUGUCAAUGUCCAGGAGGAUAUGCAGGAUUACUUUGUGAAACGCAGGUGACAUGCAGUCCAGGAUGUCAGAACAACGGAACAUGUUACCAAACGAACAAAUGCAGAUGUCCCAAAGGUUAUGAAGGAGAUUUUUGUAUGAUUCCUAUCUGUGAUCCUGAAUGUAAGAACAAUGGAACUUGUUCUGAACCUGACACAUGUUUAUGUGAAAAUGGAUACGAAGGAGUCUUGUGUGAAGUGAGUCGGAACUCAGGAUCUACAUACAUUCUGGGUGGGUCUCCUGUUUUCCUUUUAUUAUCAGUAUGCAUUUUGAAAGGAUUGAGCUUAUUUUGAAGAAAGAAAAAAAGGGUUUUAAGUGUCUUGUUUUAUUUAAUUGUUAUGAGUAACUGUGUAUCUUUAGAAUACAAAAAUGACGGCCUUGCAGGCUUGGCGGAUAUUUGCCAAAAAUUGGCUUUUAUAUUUAUGUUAUGUAUUAUCAUUCAUGUAUUGAUAUUGUUUUUGUAGUUAUACCUAUUGACUUCUAUUUAUUUCACCUAGCUGAUAAUUAAAUUGUAUUACGACAUUUUUAAUGUUGGCCUUAUGACAAGUUGCAUUGCAUACACAUAUAGUAAUGGUGAAAAUAACAUGUUAAAAUCAGCAAUCAAGCAGGGCUAGAUAAGAUUUAACGUUUUUAUUUCAGAGCCCUAAAACCCGUGAUGUACCUUUGUC